AUUAUAUGUGCAGAUGUUAUCUAUGGUGCAGAUUAUAACCUCUAAAAUGAACAAAAGUCGGUUAUUUAUACAACGGAUUUUAUCCAUUAAAAACAAUAAUUUUAUAAGGAAUUACGGUUUAGAUGUUUACGAACCAGAUUAUUUAACUGCUCUUAAAUCUCCAAUCCCUUUGUAUAAUUGUGUGAAUGUCCAAAUUCGAGGUUACGAUUACACUGUUGUGGAGAAUUGCCAAAAACUUCUUCAUCAUAUUGCAAGAAGUAUGGAUAUUGAAAUUUCCGAUUCUUGGGCUUUACCUCCACAAAGCAUGCAAGUAACUACAUUUAAACCACUCAGUGAAAUAGUUGACACUCAAUAUAAGUUUCAAAUCUAUCAGCGUACACUUCAAAUGUUGGACGUCACUUCUUCCGUUUUACCAGUAUUUUUGAGACUUAUAAAAAGCAGUUUACCUGCUGGUAUAACGGUAGAAGUAGUUAAUCAUGAAGAUUUCCACGAAGAGAUCCGUUAUGUGCCAGAUAAGGAACUUUUAGACUUAAAGCAGCAACUGGAAGAAAUGGAAGGACCACCAAAGAAAAAAUAGUUGUUUUCUUAUAUAAAGACACUGCAAACUGUAUUCUUUUGCUUCUAUUUCUUCUUCAUGACACACUGCAACUAAAUACUUUAAAAUAGUUUCCAACAUGUUUUAACAGAACAAGUAC